UGAUCUGCCCAUGAUUGCUGAGGCUGGUAAGCUGGCAAAGAAUAGCACAACUUUGGCGUAUGAUAAUGUUUGCUGUGACAACAGUGUUGGUGAUGAUGUAAGGGGAGAGACUUCUGAGGUAGCUUUUGGAAUCAACCAUGGAAAUUUGGGGGGAGAGAUUGAUCCAGCAUUGGAUUCUGGGAAAACUGAUGCCGCUGAUCCUUUUGUAGAUGCUGAUAUGCGUAAACCUGGUACGAGAAAUGUGGAGAGAAGGGAUACCUCUGACCAUGUAGAGGCAUCCCGAGGAAAAAAAUCGAAAGGGUCAAAGAAACAUCAGGCUGCCAGUGUGAAAGGACUUGAUCUGCCCAUGAUUGCUGAGGCUGGUAAGCUAGCAAAGGAUAGCACAACUUUGGCGUAUGAUAAUGUUUGCUGUGACAACAGUGUUGGUGAUAAUGUAAGGGGAGAGACUUCUGAGGUAGCUUUUGGAAUCAACCAUGGAAAUUUGGGAGGAGAGAUUGAUCCAGCAUUGGCUUCUGGGAAAACUGAUGCUGCUGAUCCUUUUGUAGAUGUUGAUAUGCGUAAACCUGGUACGAGAAAUGUGGAGAGAAGGGAUACCUCUGACCACGUAGAGGCAUCCAGUGGGAAAAAAUCGAAAGGGUCAAAGAAACAUCAGGCUGCCAGUGUGAAAGGACUUGAUCUGCCCAUGAUUGCUGAGGCUGGUAAGCUAACAAAGGAUAGCACAACUUUGGCGUAUGAGAAGGUUUAUUGUGACAACAGUGUUGGCGAUGAUGUAAGGGGAGAGACUUCAGAGGUUGCUUUGGGAAGCAACCAUGGAAUAUUGGGGGGAGAAUUUGAUGCAACAUUGCCUCCUAAGCAAACUGAUGCUGCUGAUCCUUUCGUUGGUAUUGAUAUGUAUAAACCUGGUACUGUCAAGGUGGAGAGAAGUGAAACCUCUGACCAUAUAGAGGCAUCCAGAGGAAGAGAAUCAAAAAGGUCAAAGAAACAUCAGGCUGCCAGUGUGGAAGGACUUAACAUGCUUGAGGUUGUUGAGCCUGGUAAGCUCAAAAAGGAGAGCGCUACUUUGGUGCAUGAGAAAUUUCAGUGUGACAACAGUGAUGGUGAUGACGAGACUGGUAAAAUUGAGAAGGAGAAAAAGAUACUGUUACAGAAUGAAGAUCCCAAACCAACAUUGUCGGUAGAACCAUAUUCUGUGGGUUUAGAUAACACAGAGAUGAACUCUAAAGGACGGGUUAUCUCCUCCAAGUCAUUGCAGUCCUCAGACAUGUCAGGAACUGGGGAUUCUGAUGAUAAAAAAAGAAAGAAGUCAAAGAAAUCUAAGGGUUCUGAUCAAAAGGGCCAAACUUCAUCUUCGGGCAUAGAAGAUGCUAAUGGUGUUGGAGGUGCCAUUCCUUUAAAACCUGAGCUUGACAAAGUUUCUUUUAGCAAUGAAACUAAUGAAAAGCAUAACACUCUGUUUCAAAAUGAGAAGACAAAGGUAUCAAAAGUGAAAGCUGUAAAUACUCCAGUAACAGGCAUUGACAAGGAUGCUGAUAAUGCAUGUGGGAAUCAGGUAGACAUUGUGCCUCAAAUUCAAGUCGCCAAAAUCCAGGAGGAUGUAGAAGGUAGUGACUAUAAAGUGAAAAAGAAGUCAAAAAAGACUGAAACUUCUGCCAAGAGUCUCCCAGAUCCAAUGGGAAAUGUUGUCACUGUAGAUCCUGCACUUCCAUUUAUUAAAAAGAAAGGGAAAACUAUCCAAACUAAAAAGACAGAGAAAACAAGGUUCGGUAGAAAAGGUCCUACAGAACAAUUAACGGAUUCAAUGUUAGAAGCUGAGAAAGAUAUUGGGACUAGGAUAGUAUGUUCCAAGCCAUGCUCGGUGCCUGGAACCAAUGACCAUUCUGAAGUCCCAUCAGAUAUUUUUGCAUGCAACGCAGAGAGACCACCUCAUGAAGCUGAUAUUAGAGAUGAUAAACAUUCAAGUGGCUGUACUGACAAAGGUGAUGACCACAUGGAAGUUCCCAAGUUUGAAAACACCAAGAUCAGCUACAUUGAUAACUUUGGGCCUAGUCAGAGGCAACAUGAAGUCGCUCCUGGUAAAGACCUUGAUGUCAAGGAUAUUCAAAUUGAGAGGUCAGAUAAAGAACUUCUGUCAACUAAGAAAACAAAAAAGCAUAAUGUGGGUUCUUUAGGUACCUCACCUGGUUUACAGAAGUCCCUCAAUUCAAAUGACUGCCAGGGAUUCAAAGAGAAGCCUCAAGAUGAUUUCUUUGAUGUAGUAAAAGUUCAGGUACCAAUGCCACAGACUAAAAAGGUUGAAACCAUGGCCAAUACUCACUAUGGAAAAACUUUAACAACUGCUGGGGAUAGGGCAAAAGAUCCAUUUUCUCGUUUCCAUGAAAAAUGUGAUUCCAUUGCUCAUGAAGCUUCAAAGACCAAAAUUGUUGAUGCUUCUGGUAUCAGUAGUCCUGUGCAUUCAUCUGUGGUCCGAGUUCCCUUCAGAGCUGGUGAUAAUGCUUUUGUGAAAGAAAAUAGUGCAGAUUGGGACGCAUCAGGCUCUACCUCAGAAAGCCCUGAUGUAGGAGUUCACAAAAACAGACAAGGCAGAGAGAUCAAGUCACAGUCGAAGUGCAAUCCUGUGACAGCAAUAAAAGCUUCAAGUAAGAAAAUUGGGAAAGUGCUUAACAAUUCUAGUUAUCAGAAGAGCUCGUUUGCUACUUCAGGUACAAUAUUUAAUGACACUAGUAGUGACAGUUCUGACGAUGAAGGUGAAAUAAACAAUUCAGAGACCAGUACCCAAAGCCCUUCGGAUAGUUCAUCCUCAUCUUCUUCUGAUUACUUGGAAGGAACAAACCACAAACCACAAAAUGCUUUGUAUGGUGGGAAAAGAAAGGAAAGUGGAGGAGACAACCUCAUUUACUCACGAUCUGGAGGCCCAGCGGAGUACAUGACCUUGGAUAUGAUCCUUAAAUGUUCAAGCAGCUACAAGAAGGCAAAGCUAACAGCUUCUCAAUCCCAACUUGAGGAAACUGAAAGCCAACCUGUUGAUUUUGUUCUGGACAGUCUGGCCGACCCAUAUCCUAUAACCCCAUCGUAGCGGCUGUUUUGGAAGAAUUCUGUUUGAAGUUUAUUUAUUUACAAUGCACACUAGUUUCUAGAAAUAUAUUCAGGAAGGCUUUACUGUCAAGUUUAUCUCAUCUCUUUUACAGAGGAAAAUUUUGAUGCUUUUUUUUAAAACAGCAAAUGCUGAUUUCUGUUCCUUUGCUGAGAAGAAGACAUGUUCAACAGGAUGGCUUAAGCAGGAUCUUACUGUUGAGAAUAUG